ACCUCCAUUCCUCAACACAUCCAUCCGACUCCCCUACUUCCCCCUCCACAAUUAUGACGACCGCGGUUCCAACGCUUAACGAGGGCGACCUCACCUCGCUUCUGAAUCGAAUCUCGCAGAAGAGUACUGUCCAAUCCCUCAUUGUCCUCGACCGCUCCUCUGGCGCUAUUAUUCGGUCAUCAGGGUCUAUAGCUGCCCAUCGGGACUCGGAAAGUUUGGUUGGAGAAUAUGCUGGGAUGGUGUGGAACUUUGUUAAAAGCGCGGAGGAAAUGGUCUGUGGUAUGGAUGAACAGGUAAGCAUUGAGAAUAUACCCAUUUCGGUGGAAGCUCUGCUAAUUAGUGUCAGGACGACUUGAAAUUAUUGCGCGUUAGGACCAAGAGACACGAGUUGCUAAUAGUGCCUGGUAAGUCAUAUGCAUCCUACCCUAUAUCAGUCGGGCACAACAUAUCUGACUAGUUCCAAUUGUUUGCAGACCCCCGCUUCAUAUUAGUGGUGUUCCAUGACACACCUCAGGCA